UGUCAGUGACGUCAAACUAAACUGUCAGUCGGCGCAAGUUGAUGUGUAUUAGUGUGCAUUUCAUGUUGUGAUGUUCUUUCUCCGCUUGGUGUUAGUUAAUGUCAUAUCAUUUUCGUGCUCCUUUUCUGCCACUUAUGUACACGCAUAAUUAUAUCGCGUACUUCUUUCUCAACCUAUAUAUGUGACUGCAAUUGAAAAUACAAGUCCGAACAACGUUCCCGACAUAGUAUCAUUGGCGUCUAUGAUAACAUCAACAUGUCUGCUCUCCAAAAGUCAAUUUUGAGAUCCAAAUUACCACCGUCGGCUGUUAAUUUCUCGGCAUUAAACUCCAGAGUUAAUAAAUCAAGAGGGUCCCAGCGAAAGAGAGACUACGAUCCGGUGCGGUGGAUUCCAUAUUUUGAUCAUUCCAAGGAUGUACCUGUGGAACAGAAUACUUUUCAUGUCUAUAUUAAAGGCACUGAAGGACCGCUAUUAGUUUUAUUACAUGGUGGUGGUUACAGUGGCUUAACAUGGGCAGAACUUACAAAAUCGAUCAUGACAAUGGUAUUAUGUAGAGUCAUGGCUAUUGAUCUUAGAGGUCAUGGAGACACUCAUACUACAGAUGAUGAGGAUUUAUCUGUGGAUACUUUAGCAUCGGAUGUUGCAGCUGUUAUAGAUGCAAUUGCGCAUGAUGAUCCGAUAAUUCUUGUCGGUCACAGCAUGGGUGGAGCAGUUGCUGUGAGAGCAGCUUCAUUAAUUCCAAAUUUGUAUGGAUUAGGAGUUAUAGAUGUUGUAGAAGGUACAGCGAUGGAUGCAUUAGCCUCUAUGCAGAGUUUUUUAAGAUCUCGACCGUCUAGUUUUAGCACCAUACCUCAGGCUAUAGAAUGGUGUGUUCGUAGCGGACAAAUUCGUAAUGUGCAAUCUGCAAAGGUCUCGGUUCCCGGACAAAUAAAGAACAUUGAAACUAGCAAAUUAGCAACUCAUGAUAUUGAGUCAUUGGCAACUCAAUGCAACGCAUGUGAAUCUAAUCCAGAAUCAAUUGUAACACGAGAUGAUGUUAUUCAAGAGGAAGAGUCGUUCAACAUGCCACCACCGCCAUCACGUGCGUCUUCCACUGUCUCUGCCAAUAGGAAAUAUGUCUGGAGAAUAGAUUUGGCAAAGACGGAACAGCACUGGUUCGGUUGGUUUAAAGGCUUAUCGACGGCAUUCUUGAAUGUUCCGGCACCGAAAAUGUUAUUGUUAGCAGGAGUCGACAGAUUAGAUCGUGAACUUACUGUAGGCCAAAUGCAAGGUAAAUUCCAAAUGCAAGUAUUGCCCGCUUGCGGACAUGCUGUUCACGAAGACGUCCCGGAUAAAGUAGCGGAAGCUAUCGCUACAUUCAUGGUCAGACAUAAGUUCGCAGAGCCAGCAUCAGAUUUUCCUAGGACGUUCCCGGCCUGUUAAAAGAAGAUUUAACAAACGGUCAAUGUAAACUUAAUGAACAAUGUGAAAAGUUUCUUUUAAUUAUUCGAUAUGAUCAUUUUAUUUAUUUCAAAAAAUUAUAUAACUACCGAAUAUAGAGACAUCAUACAUGUGUAAAUAAAGACAUCUAUCAUGAUGAGAAAAAUAAAUUUGUUCUUACAUG